CGAGAGUGGAGUGGAAAACAAAGCGUAAGGACAACACAGCAACAUAUAAAAAACACAAGACAGCAAGCAGUAUGGGAAAUCCAUAAGCAACCAACGUGACAUCUUCAACUCAAAACCCAACCAAUGGCGACUUUGGCAAUGCCAACUUGAUGGAUAUCAUCGUCAUCAACUCGUUAUUGUAUUCCCAACAACAACAUCAACCAACACCUUCUGUCCUCAACCUCUAUCCUCAGCCCCUUUAGUGACACUAUUUAUGCUACCAAAAAUGCUGCGAUUCCAAUUCACCUCACUCUCUCUCUUUGCUUCCAAAGCCUCUCUUUUUCCUCUUUCUCCCAUUUCCAAAACAAUUCAUAAUCCCAUCAGGGUAAGAUCGCAAAUGGGUUCUUUCUCCACUUCAUCUUCCUUCAAGCUCUUGUUUCGCCAGCUUUUCGAAAAGGAAUCAUCCACCUACACCUACCUUCUCGCUGAUGCUUCACACCCAGAAAAACCAGCACUCUUGAUUGACCCGGUGGAUAGGACUGUUGAUAGAGACUUGUCACUUGUCGAACAACUUGGAUUGAAACUUGUCUAUGCCAUGAACACUCAUGUACAUGCUGAUCAUGUCACUGGGACUGGCCUCAUCAAGAGCAAAGUUCCUGAUGUAAAAUCUGUAAUUUCAAAAGCGAGUGGUGCAACAGCAGAUCUUCAUGUGGAGCCAGGUGAUAAAAUCCCUUUCGGUGAUCUUUUUCUAGAGGUUCGUGCCACUCCUGGUCAUACUUUGGGUUGCAUUACCUAUGUUACUGGAGAUGCACCUGAUCAACCUCAACCGAGGAUGGCAUUCACGGGAGAUACCCUUUUAAUACGUGGAUGUGGAAGGACAGACUUUCAGGGUGGGAGUUCAGAGCAGCUUUACAAAUCAAUCCAUUCACAGAUUUUAACACUGCCCAAGGAUACAUUAAUCUAUCCAGCUCAUGACUACAAAGGAUUCACCGUAAGUACCGUUGGAGAGGAGCUGCAAUAUAAUCCCCGCAUAACAAAGGAUGAGGAAACUUUCAAGAACAUCAUGGCAAAUCUUAACCUGUCAUAUCCUAAAAUGAUUGACAUAGCUGUCCCAGCAAAUAUGGUUUGUGGAAUCCAAUCCAAACCAAGCUGACCCUUAUUAAGCCUUAUCUGAGAGUGACAACUGUUAUUUAUCACGAAGACCCUACAAGCAAAAGACAAAAAAAUGUUAAUUACCCCUUGAGUGGAAGAGAAGAAUGACAUUGUAAAUAAAUAAAUGGUAUUUGUGGAGGCCAAUAUAAUCUAUAGUUAGAAUUAAGUGAUUAUGCUGUGUUUUUGUUCUAUUUGAUUAUUGAUGUUAAAGCUUCUAUACGAUCAAUACUAAUUUUCAGAAUCAACCAUAGAAAUCUAAUUCACAAUGGAAAGUUGUUGGAACAUAAAUGUUCGUUUUUCACUAG